AUGCCAGAGUAUUUGAGUGUGGGUUAUGUUGACGGCGUUCCCAUUUCACACUACGACAGCGAUAGCGGGAAAGCAAAAGCCAAACAGGAAUGGAUGAACAAAAUCACGGCCGAGGAGCCACGCUACUGGGAGAGACAGACACAGAUCAAUAUUGGUAAUCAUGAGAGAGAGAAAGUCGGCAUUCAUCGUCUUCAAGAGCGCUUCAACCAAACGGGAGGUUUGUGGUGGUUCCAGUUUGGAGCAUUUCAUCCGGCCGGACGCUGGCUUCUCACCUGGCGUGCCUUUCUCUCAGGUCUUCACAUGAUCCAGCGCAUGGGUGGCUGCCAAUGGGACGAUAAGACCGACCAGGUGGAUGGUUGGUAUUACGACAGUUACGACGGAGAAGACUUCAUAUGGUUUGAUUUGAAGGGACUGAGAUGGAUCGCCGUCCAGCCGCGAGCUGUCGUCACCAAACACAAGUGGGACCGAGAUGAGGGCUAUAAUGACUACUUGAAGUAUUACCUGACUGUGGAAUGUCCAUUUUACUUGAAGAAGUACGUGAGCUUCGGGAGGGACGUCCUGAUGAGAACAGAACUCCCGCGGGUGUCCCUGCUGCAGAAGACGGCGGGCUCGCCGGUCACCUGCCACGCCACCGGUUUCUACCCCAGGGCGGCCGUCCUCUUCUGGAGGAAAGACGGCCAGCAUCUGGACGAGAACGUGGAAAUGGACGAGAUCCUCCCCAACCACGACGGGACCUUCCAGACCGGCGCUCGCCUCCUCGCGGUGGACGAAGGCGCUCGCUACGAGUGCGUCUUCCAGCUGGACGGCGUCCCGGAGGGCGUGGUCACCCCGCUGGACCUCGCCGAGGUGUUGAGCAACGAGCGCAUAGAAGCGCGAGAAAGGAGGAAGAUGACGCUGGCUGUCGCCGUCCCCUUGGCCCUUCUCUUUCUGUUCGUCGCCAUCGCCGUCAUUGUCGUCAAGCGCAAACGAGCCAAAUACACGCCAGCUCCUACCCGCGCCGAUUCAGAGACCGCUUCCUCUCGGACCGAUUCUCCCAAGGCGGCUUCUUCCGAGACGGAUUCCCUCGGAGUCGCUUUGUCUGAGACCGACACCACCGAGGCCGCUUCUCCCGACAAACAUUGUCACCGAGAGACCUCUAGAGGGUGCUUUAGGAGGAAUUUGAGGGCUUCCAUCUAA